GUCAAGUGGGGGAAGCCACGGUUUCUAUUUUGAUUAGUUAUUCUCUUCUUUAUUCUUCUUGUUUCUCUCUCAUCUCUCUUCUUGUUCUUGUUCUUCUUGCAACUGGGCUAAAUGAAUACGCAUCAGCCUUUGGUCGCUACAACGAGCAGUCUCAGUCCUGCUCUCUUUGAGGCACUCGCUGCAAAACACGGCAACUUGCUACACUUGGGGGGCACAAAGCGUCCUAGCGUGCAGGAUGAGGGUGUUCGCAAGAACCACGCUCACUUGCCCACUCCCAUUGAGGACGGACUGCAGGGGACACCUCUGAAAAAAAAACCAGGUCGCAAGCCCGCCACCACAGAGCCCGCCAAUAAGCGCACGGCUCAAAACAGAGCCGCUCAGCGUGCUUUUAGAGAGCGCAAGGAACGCUAUGUCAAGGAACUCGAAACGCGUGUCGCUCAGUUGGAACAAGCACAGACAAAGGCAGAAACGGGGGAACUCGUUGAUGAAAACUCUAAACUACGCCAACGAGUAGAAGAGCUCGAGACGGAAAAUAAAUUGUUGCGUGAAGUGUCGUCCUUUACUUUUGAAUUCCCACCUCAACCGUCAUCACAGCAACAACAACAACAACAACAAUCAGAACAACAACAAAAUCUUACACCAGUCUCGGACACCCCUAAAUCGAUUCCCUUUCACUUUGAUCAACCCAACGGCUCUGCAAAUCAUAAAGACGCUCCCAUUUCUCCUGCCUCCAUUAUCCAGAGCGAGCCCACUCCCUUUACGAACCACUCCUCUCCCUUUUCCACAAACAGCGCCAACAAUGACCUUCCAGGCCUCGAAGCGGAAUCCUACUCUCUUUUCGACGACUUGGCCAGUUCGACGUUGUCGGUCGUGUCGGAUGCAGAAGUGCGAGACGAAAAUGACCUCGACGCUCUCCUCGGUGGCAUUCCUCUUGGACAAUUUUCAUUUACUGAACCCAUCCAGUCUAUAUCUCAACAAUCGCAACAGCAGCAACGACAACAACAACCACAACAACAACAACAAGCAGCGUUUUACAAUGAGCCCAACCCGUUUUCAGCCACCUUUUCCAACCCUUUUACCACUGAAAACCUCAUUUUCGAUGCAGAGUUUCAAGACUUUUUGAGUUUGAGUGCUGUCCAGACACCUCCAAUCCAACCUCUUGUCUUUGCAUCAUCACCCGCACCCCUCACAUCCCCCGAACACCAGCGACAACAGCAACAACAACAACAAUCAUCUCUGCUGUGGUCACCACCACCACCAACAACAACCACAACAACAAGUCAACCAUCGCCAUCGUCGAUGCUGGUAAACGAAUUCAAGAAAAAGGAUUUGGUCGAGGAAUGCUCGAUUGACGAAUUGUGCGAUAUCUUCAAGGCCAAAGCCCAAUGCUCGGAAAUGGUCCACCUCCAAAACAAGAUUUUGCAAGCGGCCGAAGAGGGCAAAAAGGAAGAAGUCAUGGAUUUGUUGUUGGUGUGCAAGGAAAAGAAGCGGAUGCACAUGUUGCGAAUGAAGGCCGGUGUAACAGUGCUUCCACCCGGAUUGGAUGCACCUCCAUUGUAGUUUUUUGUGCUAGUCUAAUGAAAUUUAUUCGUGUCCUAGUUUUGUUGUCUUUUUUUUUUUUUUUUGUAUAG